UAGCGAAUUAGCAUCUACCACGUUGAAAAUAUUGCUGCCUGAGAGACCGAACUCAGGGCGCCAAGUCGCCAGUAUCUCUCAGAGACCGCGGGUCAUUUACAAAUUGUCAACAGCGCCAUUGUUUUGCUAGCGCUAACGUUUGUUAUCAUUUUUUUCAACAGCUGCCCCCACCAGCUCCACUUAUUAUUACAUUGUUUGAUUACAUAGCGGCCCCUGACUUUAUUUUUAGAGAGUGGAUUCACACAAAUGCGUCUAGAAAGCAAACCGAGACAGCAGUUAUUAAAAACAAAAUGUUAGCUAGCUAACUGUUAGCUCGGGUCUUGCCGUCGUGUAACGCUUCCGUUAAUAAAUAGAAAACAUAACAGAGAUGGAGACAAAUUACCCUAAUUUGAGGAGACCAAAGAGGAAACUCUGCUAUCUAACAACCAAGGACAGCCCAUCCGAAUGGACAGCACCGCUGACACUAGGAGACAUUGAGAAGAUGUUUGAUGAUUUGGAUCCAUCCACAAAUGAUAAUAAUGGCCCACCAACUCCAUCUCCUCUGCUCCAGACCUUUGAUAUUGAGACAAACCAGAGUGAGAGAAAGACUUCACCAGUCUCAAAGAAAGGAUACCUAAAGGAAAAACCUCCAACAUGUGAAAUGGAUCCUGAAGAUGAUGUACUGCCUCCUGCAACAAAGCCACCCAGUCUUAAAUUAGACAUUGAUUUGGACAUCCCAUUCAAAGCGCACGGGCCAGUGAAGACAUCCAGCCCUAUUGAAGACAACCCGGUUGUGGAGCCUGUGGGAGAGUUUGACAAUGAAAAAGACCAAGCCGUGUCCCCACUUCUCUUUGCCUGCGAGGACGAAGGAAAAGAAGAGGCAAAUGCAGAACCUCAAACAAUUCAGGAACCUCAGGGCAGUGGAAGUGAGUUGGAUUCUCCUCCAAGCCAAGUUGUUAUUAACAAAACCAAGAUGUCCAGUCACAAAAACAAGAUGAAGAGAUCAUGCAAAGACAGUCACCCAGUCAAAGCAAAAACACCCAAUAAACCUAAAACACCUGUUUCGGGGAGCAAAAGAAAAACACCAAGGCAAGAAAAGGCAGACCCACCUUUGUCAGCAGUUAGAGGGGAGCCUGAACCUGCAGCUCCUGAAAAAGAACCAGAAAGUGUUCACACGCAGCCGUCAGUGGAGCUCACCCGUGUGGGAAAGGACAUGACGGCAUUUCUUAAGAAGCUUAGGGAUGCUGGGCAGCCCAAACCUGCACGUUCCAGGAAGUCUCUGUCACCGGUUAAAGUAGCCAUGCCUCCUCCUGAGCCAGAGGAUGAUUUCCUGAUUCUUGAGGACGACAGACCUCUUUGGUUUUCCAUCCCAACUAAAAGUGCCACCAGCAAGAAACAGAGACAGAGCAAAACUUCCAGCACUGACAGAGAUAGCUCAACAGACAAGGGCUCCAAGGAAAGCCCAGCAGAGACUGCAGAACAACAGCAGGAACCUGAACAGGCAAACAGCAAACUUGGAAGUCAGACUGAAGAGAAAGAGAAGAAGAAUGAGGUGGCUGAGUCUGCAAAUGAUGAGGAUGGAUUGUCCAGGCCUGAGGAUCUUCCUGCGGGUGACUUAAUGGAAGAAGAGAAACCAGACAAAAAGAAACGACUAAAGAAGGUGCCAUCUAAAGAAAGAGACAAGGAAGAGGAGUCGCCUGAAGACAAAGCCAGCAGGGGAACAGAUCAAGAGAAACCUGCUUUGCAAGCUGAAAAGAAAGCUCAGAAGUCCUCUGCCACAAAGACAUCUAAGUUUUCAAAAGAUGGGAAUGAAAAUGCAAAGACAAGCAGGGCUAAGUCAUUAAAGGGGACCAGAAAAGUGAGGCAGGGAUCUGAUGUAGUAAAGGAGGCUGGAAAGGAACAAAGUCAGAGCAGUGAGGGUUAUGCAGAUGCUGAAGACCUGGGUUCUCUUCCAGACAAAGAAAUCGUUGGCUCUGAAGCACAGGCAGAAAAGGAUUUAGCAGAUGGAAAGGAUAAACACAACAAACUAGCUAUUGUGUCUGAGCAGAGUUCAUCUGAAGACAAUCAGAUUCUUGGAAAGAGGAAAAGGAGACAGCCUGGAGAGUGGUGGUUGAGCAGUCAGACCACAGAGGAGACAAAGAUCACAGACAACCAGCCAACACUCAAGAAGUCAAAGCAGAACAACAAAAAGCCCAGCGCAGCAGUACCUUCACCUGUAAAAGCUAAGAAGGACAGAGUUUUAAAGAGAAGAAGUGGAACACCGCCUGCGCCUUCAUCCAACCAGAACACAAAUAAAUCAAAAGAAAAGAAAAGCAAACAGAGGAAAAGCAGAAAUACAAAAGGAGACACAUCGGACAAAGUAUUUCACACGACUGAGGCAGAGCAGAUUGAAGGGCAGGAGCAGCAGGAGGUCCUGGACCAGAGCCUGGAUGAACAGACCAGCCCUUUGGUCCUCACACACAGAGAGCUCAGCCUGAGCUCGGGUGAGCAGGUUUUUCAAAGAGUAUACCAUCGUGUCCCUAACGAAAAACUGUCCAUCACACCAGCACCUGUCUCUACCAGAGGACCAAGGGAGCAGCUCAGAGCAGCUGAGCCACAGAAACGGAGGAGGAAACCUCCUGGGAACUGGUGGGUGGUUGAUGACGUGUCAGAGGACAUCUCCUCACAACCUCAGCAGCAGGAGCCCAAACCGCGUAAGGACAGAAAAAACAUGCCAAAACAAAGCAGAUCACCUCGACUUGGGGCGCCCAAAAAUGGCAACAUGGCAGUGUCAUCAAAACCACAAGGGGGAACUCCUGUACCUCCUCUGAAACUGAAGCCACGCUCUCUGGCCUCGUCCAAAGACAUUUUCAUGUCUGUGUCAGAGACCCCGACUGUGGUCAGCAGCAGAGAAACAGGUCAGAAUAAAAAAAGUAAAGUCACUGCACGUGCUGCUCAGGAAAUCACUGUAACUGACUGUACCACAAGCAGCAAGACUGACAAAGAUAUUUUCAGUAUGGACGCUGGUGAAUCAAGGACACAAAACACUCCUGAUCAUGAGGCCCCACAGGACAGACAGUCAGAGGACAGGUUACAGCUUUUCAGAAGUGGGCCGUCCUCCAUGAUAGAGCUGCAACAGUACGAGGACGAUGAAGACUUGGUUCUGGCGCCACCCAGGGUCCCUGCUGGUCUCUCUCUGUCAGAUCUGUGCGCUCCUCCUCUCAGACCGCUGGUGUUACAGUCAAAGGAUAAGGCCAACCUGGCAGAGUGGUUUAAGAGUCUAUGGCCUGUCGACAAAGGCGCUGAGAUCACUCCGGACCAGUUUGACUGGUAUUUCUAUCAAGGCAGAGCUAUUGGCUUCCUGGUGGACCUGAACUCUGGCUCAAUCUGUAACGGAAAAAUCCUGCUGGGCUCCUACAUGAAGAAGCCUCUGUGGGUCGAUCACAGCGCCACGACAGUUUUUGAAUUAUUAACGAGCUCUGUGAGUGUAACCAUCGAUAGCAAGGAAUCCCGCUUCCAUCCUGGACAAUCCUUUCUGGUGCCAUGUGGACAUGCUUACAGCAUCCAGAACGUCACUGCUCAGCCUGCAGUUGUGUACUUCACCAGGAUAUUGGAAGAAAGUUCAGACUAAAGUUGCCGGCUGGAUUACCAGCUGCCAGAAAUGAGAAAUGACUCAACACCCUAAAUGUUGUAAAUUAAAAAGAGAAAAAUCUGGGUGUGAGAGACUUUUUUUCUGUAUGUAAAUUGUUUUACUUUUUGUAAAUUGAGAAAGUGUGGCUAGUUUUUAAAGAACCUGUUUGAUUUGUAGCGCUUGUGCUUGUAAUGAAACAAUUCUAGAAAAAAACAGAAGUAAAAAUGAUUUCAAAUAAA